AUGAUGUCCCCUCCAAUUGAGGAUAAGGGGGGUGAUCACCCAAAGGGAACACCAGCCAGAAGUUCCAAUCAGGGGUCGUCUAGCAAGCCCUUACAGCCUCCCACUGAUCCGCCACCUGAGCCACCUGCACUUGGCAACGGCGACUCCUCCUACGGCACGAAUGACCCAAAGUCGAAGGAGAAGUUGGAUGCAGAGCGUUUGACAUCGGAGCGACCACCGAGGAGCGAGAUGGCAACUCCUGGAGGACCGAUGUCUGAGGCUGCAACACCUGGUGGGUUUUUGGGUCCACAGGUUCCGUUGUUUUCAGAAGAACAGUUGAGGAGUUUUGCAAUGAUUCACAGUCAAGCACCAUGGCUGUAUGGAAACCCACAAUCCAUUUUCACUGGUUCUGUCCCGCGUCCUGCAUUUUUGGAUGUUGACGCACAACAAGUUUCACAGAGUCAGAUGGAGAGAGAUGUGGAGUUUCUGAAGUUGCAGAUUGCGAAAGAUAGAGAAGAAAAGGAGGAAUUCAAGAGGCAGAUUCAAGCAUUGACAACAGAGAAUCAGAAGUUGAAAUCUAGGGUUGAUGGUGGUGAGAAGGUUUCCAGAGAGGAAGAACAUAGGUUUUCGACUCUUGAGGAACAGACUUCGAAACAGCUUUCAGGUCUUCGAGAGGAGGACACUGACUGGCUGAGGCGUAGAAGUUCUGAGGAAACCAGAGGAUCAAAGGAGGCCGAAAGACCACCAUUCCUCCCAGAGGCUGCAGAUCUUAAGGAGGCUGCAGGUUUUAAGACCCCCAAGGAGGCCGAAAGACCCCCAAAGGCGAAAGUUGAGGACGCAGGUGAGGGUACUGAGAGGGCGCAGUUUGAGAAGGGCGCUCCAAGGGCAGGUGAAACCACCUUCACUGAGAAGUCCAUCGAGUUCAUGAUGAUCAUGAUGGAGACUAUGAAAGACUUGCAGAAGAAGGUAACCGAAGGGAAGGAAGAAUCAGGAAUGGUUCGGGGUGUCGAGGUUGUGAGAACAGGCAUCCCUGAUCUUCCAGUUCUACAACAAUGGACUCCGAGUCAAGGACCUUUGCAGUUGGGAGAUUGGUUGCUGACGGUUGAACGGAUAGCAGCAGAUUUGUCAGCUUCAUCGGAGUUGUGGUGGUCGUUGAUGGUGAAAUCUGCUGAGCAGUGGUAUCAGAAACACAUGGCCAUGUCCCCACUUGACCGAGUUCAACAUGAAGUGAAGCCGCCCUCAGACGUUUCUUUGGAAAAAUUGCGGCUGAGUGUCUUUGGGAUCUUGACGCAGCUGUUGCUGACGUACUGCCCGGGCGGUGUGCUGGAAAAGCAGACCUUGCUCCGCAGUUUGGAGGAUCCUGUGGAGGUUGGAACUAUGUCUGAGGCGCCGUCUGCGAUUCGGCGGUGGCUUCGCUGGAAGUUGCGCACUCAAGAGAUAGGCCAAUUAACUGACGUCACCGUGAGCCAGUUCGCCACGCAUUUGGCGGAGGUGGAGCAGGUUGCUUUGUCUGAGAAAAGAGCAGCUGCAGUUGUGCCGAAGGGUGAGGCCAAGCUGAAGGCCAUGGAGGUGGACAAAGGCAAGGGAAAGGGCAGAGACAGGGUAGAAGGUGAGGAGAAACAGAAGCCUAGAUGCAAGUUUUUUCUGACAGAUGGAGGAUGCCGUAAAGGGAAAGAAUGUGGCUUCAGUCAUGAUGUGCGAGAUGAGAAAAGACGCUGCUACACUUGCGGCAGUGUGGAGCAUUUGGCUCCAUCAUGCACGAGGUCUUCUGGAGGCACUACGCAAGAGGAUGAGCGCAGGGACGUGAUGGAAAGACUUCAGCAGCAGUUGAAAGCCAUGAAGACCUUCAAGUUGAGGAGAUGGACAACGGGUGCAGAGGUGGGUUUGGUUGAUUCCGGGGCCACACAUGCACUUCGACCUCGGAAAGAUGGUGAAAAUGUUCAGUUGCAUCCACUGGUUGAUGUGGGUUUGGCUGAUGGAAGAGCAGUAAGGUUGAGAAUGGCACCAGGAGGAUCGAUGAUUUCUCCAUCACCGGCAGUUGAGCCGAUUGUGCCGAUGGGACAGCUGACGGAGGUGUUGGGGUGUCAAAUUGUUUGGAGCGAUGGAUCUAUGCAGUUGAAACAUCCCGAGAGAGGAGACAUUCCGAUCCACAUGAAGGAGGGCUGUCCACACCUUUCCAAGUCAGUUGCGUUGGAGCUGAUUGCAGAGAUCGAGGAUGCGAAGGUUGGCAUUCCGAAACAGAUUGGUGCAUUUGAUGAGGAGGUUUGUUGGAUGAGAAGGUUGGUGGAACAGCACACGGUUCUUUCAACACUUCCUGAACGCAUCAAGGAGAGGCUUGUGGUGUGUCCUGGGGAGUGGUCUUCAAUCCCUGGGAAUCGUCAUCAACGAAAAAGGUGGCGGCAAGAUGGGAUGAUGGUUCAUUUGUUUGCUGGACCUGACUCUGGUUUUACCCUGAAGAAGGCAUUACGUCAACAUGGUGGGCCAGAUGACAAGUUGCUGGAGGUGGAUUUGCAAAGAGGUCCACAACAUGACAUGUUGGCUGAUGAGGGUGUCUAUGCUGCGUUGAUCAGAGCAGCGUUUGAGGGUAAGAUCUUGUCGAUUGUGGCUGGUCCGAAUUGCAGGACUCGCAGUCUUCUCCGUCAUGUACCAGUUCCUGGACAACCCAAUGCGCCUCGCCCGAUCAGAAGGUGGGGUGGUGAAGAGUUUGGGGUUGCAGACGCGACGGAAGAGGAGAUUCAGAAGCUGCAUGCCGAUGACAUCAUGAUGUGGAGGUGCAUUUUCCUGUUCAUGUUGUCCACCUACAUGAGAAGGGCCAGAAGGAUGAACGAUUGGGUGGCAUUUGGACUUGAACAACCAGCCUCCCCGAAGGACUAUAUGCCUGAGGUGGUCAGUUUUUGGGACACCAAGGAAUGGAAGGCGAUCUCAGAAGAGUUCGAGCUGGAGGAGACAACCUUCAAGCAGGGCACUAUGGGUGGAGCCUCGCCAAAGCCCACUACGUUUGGUGGAAACUUGGAGCUGAACAUGAAUGCCUUCCAGAGGAGGAAUUUUGGAGGACCAGUCAAGGUUUCAAGCUCUUUGGAUUUGUCGAGGUGGGCCCCUGGCGUGAUGGCUAUGGUGUCUACGGCAUUGAUCCAACAAGUGUGCCAGUCUGGUGUGAAAUGCAAAGCGAUGACAUGGGAGGAGCACUUGGAGUUCAGGCGAGUGAAAGAUCCAUUGGCGGGGGUGCUGUCAAUUGACACGGCAGGGCCUCUGAAGCCAGCCUAUGACAUGGGUGGAUCGAUGGUGCGAUAUUUUCUGGUGGGUGCUUUGACAUGGAGGGUGCCCCAAGGAACAAAUAAGUUGAAAGAUCCCCCAGAAGAAGAAACACCUGAUGAUGCCCCACUGAUCGAAGCCGAUGGCCAGGAGGAGGAACCACCAGAUGAGGACGGGUCGGGACAGAGGGUCCUGGUCCAGCUCUCUGGUGAAGCGCCGGGUGAUGAGAGGAGCCACCCUGGCCGGGUCCCGGAUGAGGACGGGUCGGGGGUUGAUCCCCUGGUCCAGCUCUCAGGUGAUGGAGCAGAGCCGCUCCGGACCCAUGGCCCCCAAACUCUGGAUGAGGCCACGGAGAUGCGAGUUUUUCAGAUGGCAUUGCCGAUGAAGUCGAAGAAGGCGAAGGAAGUGGUUGCCACUGUGAUGGAGUUUGUGUUGAGGCUGAGGUCAGAAGGGUAUCAUGUGGGGAGGAUCCAUUCAGAUCAAGGCCAUGAAUUUGCAGGGGAGUUCAAGCGUUGGGCAUUGCAAAGAGGAAUUUACCUGACGAAGACCCCUGGAGACGAUCCAAGUGGAAAUGGUCGUGCUGAGAUGGCCGUGAAAGCCUUCAAGAAUUACAUCAGGAGGACGGUGAGACAGGCCUCUGAAGAUGCCAAGUGGUGGCCGUGGGCGUUGCGCUAUGCCAACGAGGUAGAAAGAUGCAUCCGAAUGGAUCAGAAGCCAGAGUGGCCCAGAUUUUUGCAGGAGGUGAGGGUGAGGAAAAGAACUUGGAGGAAAGACGAUUUGUCAUCCAGGGUGGAGAAAGUGCAGUAUCUCUGCCCCUCCGUGGAAAAUCAUGGGCACUGGAUUUACAAAGAGGGAGAAGCCCCAAGGCUGACCAGGUGCAUUUUAGCGCCAACUAUAGAGCCUGAGGAUGAAGCAGUUUGGAUUGCGGUUGAGAAAGAAGGCCGUGAUGCCCAAGAACAGCGGAGGAGAAUCAGGGGGAAAUCUACGUUGAGAAAGGUGGAUUCUUCCUUGAUGGAUCAAGAGGAGGUUGAAGAAGAGGAGAAGAAAGUUGAGUUGAGAAGGGUUAUGAAGUUGGUUGAGGAGGAGAUGCAGACUCUCAUCAACGAAGACCCAGAGCUUGCAGCAGAUGAAGUCCGAAUUUUGGGACGCUUGAAGAAGAUGGUGGAGGAACAGGGGGAGAAUGAAGAAAUUUUGCAGACAAAGAUCAUCUCUCCCAAGGAGGUUCUUCGAAAUUGGGAUGAUUGGGAGCCUUCCAUCAGAAGUGAGGUGGAGUCAUUGACCGUUGAGAAGAUGGCAUUGAAGCCCCUUUCCAAAACUGAGGUUGAGGAGUUGAGGCUGCAGGCACAGAAAGAAGGGAAGAAGCUGGAAGUCUUGCCUUCGAAGAUGGUGUUCACAAUCAAGCCAGGUGGAAAGUUGAAAAGCCGGUGGGUUGUCUGCGGGAACUAUGCGGAGAAAAAGGAGGGCGAAGAGACGUACUCCACCGGCGCAGACGCAACUACUCUGCGCAUCCUUGUGUGGACAUCAUCCAAAAUGGGCUGGUGUGGAUGCGUGCUUGACAUUCGCACUGCAUUUUUGAAUGCAGAGAUGGAGCAGUCACCAGAGGAGGAUCUGACGAUGAGAGACCUGAAGAUUCCUGCGACUUUGGAUGGCAGGAAGGAGAUGUUGGUCUUGAAGCAGAUGGAGUCAGAGCAGAACCUUUGGAAGGUGGUGAUCAAAAAGGAUGCGUUUCAAGAUGACUUGGAGGAGGAGCUGGUGUCAAAUGGCAGAGUUGUUGGGUUAGUCAUGACCAACGUGGAUGACAUUCUGGUCACUGGAAGAAGGGAUGUCAUGAAGGCGGUGACACAGCGUCUUCAAGAAACUUGGAGCACAUCAACCCCAGAGGAGAUUGGAGAAAGUCCUGUGAGGUUUUUGGGUGUCGAGAUCACCUGUUGCCAAACAGAGGGGGAGGAAACGAUGCAGUGGAACUUGAAUCAGCAGGCAUACACCAAGGAUUUGCUUGGAAGAUACGAAGAUGGUGAGAAGGUUCGGAAGAUCCCCAUCACGCGUGAUCAAGCUGCCAUGAACCCAGAUGUGACCCCGCCUUCAGCAGAAGGGAUCAAGGAGACAGCCAAGCAGAUGAGGCUGUACUUGAAAGGCACAGUGGAUGAAGGUUUGAAGUUUGAGGAGAAGCCUGGAGAUCCAAUCAACCUCUAUGUGUACUCAGACUCAAGCUUUGCUCCAGAAUCAGAUGAAUCGCAUGGCUCAUUCAUUGUCAUGGCGAAUGGGAAUUUGAUGUUUUGGAGGAGUGGCCGCCAAUCGGCCGUGACUUUGAGCACGGCAGAGUCUGAGCUCACAGAACUGGUGGAGGCGAUGGUGGCUGGAGAGUCAGUCUAUGUCAUCAUUGCUGAGCUGUUUGCAGAAGUCAGCCGCAUUGCUUUGUGCGACUCUCAAGCAACCCUGGCGAUCCUUGUGGCAGAGGGUGGCAGCUGGCGCACAAGGCAUUUGCGUUUGAGAUGGGCUUUCGCAAGACAGGCUGUCAUCAGAGGAGACUGGCAGGUGAGUCAUGUCCCUGGAGAGCGCAUGAUAGCCGAUUUGGGAACGAAGGCACUGGCAUCAACGAGGCUGCAGAUUCUCAAGGAAAUGCUUGGUAUGAAAAAGACUGGGCCUUUUGAGGAUGAAGCUGCAGAAAAGACAGAGGAGAAAGUGGAGAAGGUUUCUGCGUUGGUGCAGGGGUCGGAAGUGGCCACCAUGGCUUUGAGGCUGAUCACCAUGGCCGCUUCGCUGCAGAUGUCAAAAGCUCAGGAGGACGAGGAAGAAGAGUCGUCUGCCGAGUUCAACCAACUUGUGAUGAUCUACACCUUGCUGGUGGUGAUUUUUACUUUGGGCCUUCAAGCUCUGUGGAAGGUAGGAGUAAGCUCGAUCUGCAACAACUUGAGGAUUUGGUUGUUUGGCGGCGAGAGCCGAAGUCUCCCUGCGGAGCCCAAGGAGCCUGAAAUUAAGAGGCCAAACUUUGAGGAGCUGAGAAUGGGAUCAGCACCAACAGAAAGCCGCGUUGAGGACGGGUCGGGGCAGAGGGCCCUGGUCCAGCUCGCGCAGGCUGGCCGAGAGCGAGCUGUUGAGAUGACAGCUGCGCCCGGCCCAACAUCAAGGGCCGAUACGGCCGAACAUCCAGGCUGCGCUGAGGCCGGGUCGGGGCAGAGGGCCCUGGUCCAGCUCGCGCAGGCCGGCCGAGAGCGGGCUGCGCCCGGCCCAAUGCCAAAGGCCGCUACGGCCGACCAAUCAGGCCGCGCUGAGGACGGGUCGGGACAGAGGGUCCUGGUCCAGCUCGCGCAGGCCGGCCGGCGUGGAGCUGUAGAGGAGACAGCCGCGCCUGGCCCAAAUCAAAGACCAGGGCAGCCUUCGAGCUCUGGGUCAGAGCAGUCAUCGAGCUCUGGCAGUGGAUCAACAUCAGACAGCAUGGCCGAGAGAAUUCAGGCCACCAUCAGAACGAUUGCAGAAGAGGAGGUGCAGCUGUGGAGAGACUAUAGAAGCAUGGGGCGAUUCCCCUACAAGGAAAAGCGAGAAGAGGCGCUGGGCAUUUGCAGAGGAGGUGAGGAUGCCGCACGUGCCACAGACCCGCACUUCCUACACGUGCCGCCCCGGACGGAGGAGUUCACCCGAUGUUUCACGUGA